CACACACUCUUCUUCAACCUUGACUUGAUGUUUUCAUGGCUUCCGCAUAGUCCUGCAGCCAAAGAGGCUCAAGCCCCCCAGGACACGGCUCAUGACCGAAUACUCGCUGACAUCUUGGAUGAGGCUCCCACCUUAGAACCCAUAAACAACAGUUCACCCGGCCCUCCAACCACUAUCUACGACCCAUUGGAUGGCUCUAUUCUAGGAACAGUCGUCUCCCCGGAUAGCAACCUGCAACCAGAUGAGAUUGGCAAAUCAAAUGCUGCAAUGUGGUCCCAUUUGUCGCAGGUCAUGGACUUGCAAAACCAAAUAUCACGAAUGCAUUUAGACAUGGAGGAGGUUGGGAUGGCCACAGAAGCCAAAACUAAAGGCAAGACCAGGUCGCGGGCGACGAGCAUUAGUCGUGUGAUUGUCGAAGAUGUCGAAGGCGAGGAAAGGAUUGGAGGGACGCGUGAUGAAGAGGCCGAGCGGAACCGGCUCAGAGAAGAGCAAUUCGCAAAGCUGUCUGGGCAGUUUCACGGAAAGAAACAAGCAAUCAACGAGAUAAUGACCAAGCUCGACGCACUGUCACGAGCAGUCACUGACUUUCAUGCUCUGCAGGCACCCAACAUUGAAUUUGGAACGCGGCAGGAGUCCCUUCCGGUCACAAGCACAGACUCGCUCGCCAGUCCAGUUCUCUCAGAUCCACGUUCCCUUACUAUCACUGAGUCGAGGAAAGCGUCGGUGUCAUCUACGCCUUUCCUGCGCCAUGUCAGCGAGGUAGACACACCACAAUUUGUCGAAAGCCCUCUUUCCACGGAUCUCGCUCUACCACCCUAA